GUUUGUCCUUCCUCGGCCACUGUAGGCUACGUCAGAUGUAAAUACUGUCAGUUAACUUCUAGCUACUAGCUUAAACAACAUGGCUUUUACUUUGUACUCUCUUAUUCAAGCGGCAGUCUUGUGCAUCAAUGCUGUCGCUGUACUGCAUGAAGAAAGAUUUCUGAGUAAAAUUGGCUGGGGAGUGGACCAAAGUGUCGGAGGUUUUGGUGAUGAACCUGGCAUCAAAGUGCAGCUAAUGAACCUUAUCCGAUCUGUGAGGACAGUGAUGAGAGUGCCGUUGAUUGCAGUGAAUUCAGUAUGCAUUGUGCUUCUGCUUCUGUUUGGAUGAAGAGGCAAGUGAAGAUGGGAUAAUCCAGUUUGCUGUCAAGAGAACUUUCGACCACCUCAGGAACCCUCCAGGAGGGACAUUUUAUCUCUUGGACACGCCGAUUGCCUCCUGUCCGUCAGACUAUGAAUGUUAUUAUUUGAUAUUCCACACCAAUACAUGGGAUACAGCACAGCAAUUUAAAAUAAGCAGAUGUAGUUAUUUAUAAUGGUUAUUUCCCUCUUCUUCUGGAUUGUGCAACAAAAUACUGAAUAGUUAGCACUUGCUAACAUUUGCUUUUGAUUAAAAUAUUAACAUGAUAAACCAGUCUUUCACUUUUCUGAGAAAAAUAUAGCUGCCACAAAGAAUCUGACCGUGAAAUGUUUGCGAUUUAUACACUGAAGCAUGUAAAUUAACUGUCGAAAAUAUGUAAUGGAUGUUGAAAUGCUCAAAAACAAAGAAAGAGUUUUAAAAAUUUUGA